AUGAUCACUUCAAUAUUUGCUGUUACAAUUUUAAUAGUUUUAUCAUUUGAUGAAGAAUUUGAUCAAUUAUGUUUUGAUUACGGAUUAGAAUUGAAUGAUAUUACUGAUCGAACAUCAGUUUUACUAGGCUUAUUAAAAACUAUUGCAAAUUAUCAAGAUACUACAUUACCCAUUCAACUUUUCGAAGUAUCUGAUGUUAUUCUCAAAGAUUUGUCACAAGUCGAAAUGAACGACAUUUAUGUACAAUAUAUUAUAAUCAUACACGAGAUUUUAAAACAAUUCAUGGUUUACUCGAUCGAAUUAUGA